UUGUUCAGUCAGCGUGUGGGGAGCUCCACCAUGGCCGGAGCAUCUCUGGGCGCCGCCUUCUCGCUCCUGCUGCUGGCCUCCAUGACACACGGGCUCCAGCAUUUCUCCAUGGAGGAGACGGAGGGUCAGAACGUUUCUCUGCGCUGCACCCUGGGCAACGUGACCGACCUGAAGGUUGUCAACAUGGAGUGGAGCAAGAGAGAGAACCAGAGCCAGAAGCUGGCGCUCUUCGCCCCCCUGUACGGCUUCAACUACUUCAGCAGCGGCGUCAGGCUGCAGGUGGUCUACGGCGAAGCAGAGCAGGUGAGGGGCUCGCGCCUGCUGCUGCCGUCGGUGAAGGUGCGGGACAGCGGCCUCUACGUGUGCGACCUCACCACCUUCCCCGCAGGCUCCAUCCGGGUGGAGACGGAGCUCAGAGUCAAAGAGCUCACCGUCUGGUCCAGCACGGCGGAUGACAUCAUCACGCCACCGACAGACGCACCAGCCAGGUGGACGACGAGCGGCGGCACCCAUCACACCGUGAUCACGACGACUGAGCACCGCGACUGGCACGACAGCACCCCCGGUGCCGUCAGUCUGACGGCAGCCACCGACGAGCGGGUGACGUUACGCGACAGCAGCAGCGACGGCGUCGACGUCCUGGGCUCCGUCAGCACCGCCGGAGCACAAGGCAACACCAGCAUCAGCGCCGGGUCCGGUCCAACACUGGGACCUGCGGCCUCCCACACCGAGCCUCAGACGGACGGAGCAGCACCGGCGGACUUGAAGACGCCCAGCAGCCCGAGCGUCAAGACCAAGGAGGAAGGUGCAGCCCACAGCCACUGGCUGCUGGUUCUGGUCCUGCUUCCUGUCCUGGCUUUGAUGGCGGUGGCCGGGUUGAUCUGCCGCAGACGCGUCCUGAUGAAGAGACUGGAGCAGCCGCCUCCUCCGCCUGUCAAGUACACAGCUGUGAGGCCAGAGUCCGUCCAGUGGCAGAGCUUCCCCGUGUCCAAGUGCAACUCCAUCCAGGGUCCGGUGUGAGCGGACGCGCACUGUCCUGCUGCGGGAUGGAUCCUGGAGUCCUGUGUCCGCUCACAGAUCAGCUCAGUCACGCCUGCGCCUUCCUUUCUAACUCUCUGAGUCCGGGGCCUGGAAUGACUCCUGGAGCUGGAGCGUCAGAUGCUACACAACGGCCAUGGAAGGAGGCUCGCGGACCUGCUCCGGGGGGGUCGUGACCUUUGUCCAGCUGUCUGCAGAAUAGCUCCAAAAGCUUCAUUUAGGUCGGGCAAGUCUUAUAUACUGUAUUAUCGUCAACACACUGCGGUUCCUGUUUGGGCCACAGGGUUCAAACAUGUCUCUGACCUCAGCAUCAUCGUCAUGGAGCAGACUGCUGACCCGCUGGCCGGUCCUCUUUGUGCCUCUGUCUCUCUCAAUAAAAGCGUGUCUCGUCUCUUGGCGUUUCUCUUUGACACACCACAUCCCCUCCUCACGCUCCUGGCUGGCAGCUCAUGUCUGCUGUUGAAGGUGAGCAGGACUCCACCUGGGCUCUGACUGCACGUCCUCUGCUCCAGUCUCACAACAGCGUCAC